AAAUUAAAAAUGGUGGGAAUUAUUAAACAUGGCUACCCACGACAAAGGACGCAGAAAGUGGAUUGAUAAUUCUCAAGACAAUUUUGACAAAAAUAAAUUAAUGGGAGGACGCAGAGGCUUGAACCGCGGUCCUCAGCAAAUAUACACUCCAGGCAGCGGUCCGCUUAAAAAAUCCGACCGCCAGGAUGACUUUGAUUAUGAUGCGAGCCUUCAUAAGUCCUCGGUUCAAGAUCGGCUUAAAAGGCCUUUUAAUAAUAUUAAUUUGAACAAUCCUUCGGAGCAUUCUAACCACUCGGUGAAUAUGUUGGCUGAUAAAUUCAAUGAUGUACAUGUUAAUCGCCGGCCUGUCAAUGACCACCAUCAUGACAAAUCUAAUAACAGUCACAUGGAUGCUGAUAGACGCAAAAAUAAAAAACCGGAGCAGCAGUUGUAUGUGCCGAAAAAAAUUUAUGAAUCCAUUUCUGAACAGGAUAAUAGACCACAGAUGUGGGAUCGUGAAAAGGAGGACAAACGUGACUGGGAAACCCAGUCAAACCUGAGUCACCGAACGGACUCCCGAAACCGAUCUCGACAAAGCAUUUCCUCAGAUAAAUCUCCCCGCGAUAAAGACUUGAAGCGUUUUUCACGCAAGCCCCGUGAUAACGACAAAGAGAGCUGGCGACCUGAGUCUCCAGUGAACAAAAGCUUCAAUCGGCCUCGGGACCAGCGCCGAAGACCCGAGGAUGACUACACAUACCGCCGAGACACCCGAAGCGAGCUGGACAAGUACCCUCGGAAGCCUCCAACAGGUCGCCGGAUUCCCAAGAUGAACGCUAUAAAAAUCGAGUCCUUGCCUCCUAGACUGCAGCGUAAAUACUUUGAAGAGAACGGAAUCGAGCCUCCAAUCAAUCACAAUGACGAGCCCUGGGAUUCUGGUAAUUACAAUAAUUAUUACUCCCACCCAAUGCCUUCGAUGAUCAACAUGCCUCCAGUUCCCAAUUUUUCUCAUCAAAAUUCCGGUUCCGGGAACUUGAACCCCAGUUCCGGGAACUUGAACUCUGGUUCCGGGAACUUGAACCACGGUUCCGGGAACCCGAACUCCGGAUACUCGAACCACAGUCAGUGGAACACUCUACCCACACGAAGUCGCGGACGAGGAAGAUUCCGACCAGAGGAACUAGACCUUCCUUCUCACCGACCUGGAACUCCAGACCAAUAUUCCGCUCCAAGCACCAGAUCUCACACCCCCAGCCAGGAGAUGACUCGUUCUUACGACCGACGAGGUAGCAACAGCACCAUGUACACCAGCAUGGAAAGUCUGAGCCGAGCUGACAAUAUUCUGAUGCCUCCUCCAGUUUCUCCAGCAACUUACUCCAGGAACCAGCCUUACCGUAACAAUACGAACAAUGCCGAAACUGAGCGUAAUUACCAGGCUAAGAGCCCGGAAGCGCCAGCUGACAUCUUGGACUGGAGUGAGGAAGUGGAACUGUCUGAAAAACUGGAGAACGAACGACUCAGUCGCAGUUCCUCGGUGGUCAGCAUCAGUGAAAGUUCCGGGAACCAAGCCAAGCGGAACCGUUCCAGGAAGAAAAGGCGCGAGAGAAAGCGAACUGAGUCAGAGGAACUUCAGUUCCUGGAACAGGAACAGAGGAACCGACGGAACAGCCGCGAGUCUGGAGAACAGUUCCUAGAACAGGAACAGAGGAACCGACAGAACAGUCGUGAGUUCGGGGAACAGUUCCUGGAACAGGAUCAAAGGAACCGACAGAAUAGCCGCGAGUUCGGGGAACAGUUCCGGGAACCGUUCCUGGAACAGGAACAAAGGAACCGACAGAACAGCCGUGAGAGGAAAAACAAUCAGUACAACCACGAGAACAGCAAUAAUUAUAAUAAUAGGUUCGAGCGCAGGAGGAGCCGCGAGUCUAGUAGAGAGGCUUAUAGGAACGAGGAGAACUGGAGAACUGGAAAGCGAGUCUCUAUGUGCGAGUCAGAAGACGGCAAGAACGCGGAACUGUCGGUGGAACUGAGAAACAAUGUUCAGCAACCGGGAGUUCUGGUUCUUCCCGCUCCCAGUGUGGAGGCGCCACAGUCGCCGCCGUAUAAAGAUAGGUUCAACCGCAAGACACUGUUCGACCCGAACAACCCGAACAAACCUAUAGUAGUUCCUUCUCUUGGCACCAGAGCGGCGCUGGUUCCUGAGGUGGCGCCAUCUAAGGUCAGAGCGCCGUCGCAGUUCCAGCAGAGCUUGCAGCUAGAUGGCGUUGCGCCGCAGUACCUAGCGGAACAGAUGAACAACUCCAGACCUAUUUGGUACGACUCUUGUCCGGAUAAUUUGAAGAACGCGGUUCUGUUAAGGGGGAUCGAAGCAGUGGACAGGGAACUUGAUUGGUUGCUUACUACUGGAGGCUUGACUGCUAAUUGGGACCGAGUUGCGUUCCUAAGACAGUCUUUGCAGCAGAGUUUGAAGACUUUGUUGGAGACCGAUAUUAAAUUUUGCCAAACAGAAAAUGUUGAGCAACAUUUCUGGAAGAUUUUGUUUUAUAAUAUCAUUGAGAUGCUCAGGAAGAUCAUGCCCAAGGAAGCGGGGGAGAGGAGAGAUGUUUGCAAGAUGAUUAUGCUCAAGAUUAUCGAUGAUGGAACGGUUUAUUUUGAGAACUUGUUGAGUGUGCUGGAGAAUACUUAUAGGUUUAAAUUAGAGGUGUUUUUGUCGUCAUCCUCGCCGCCGAAAGGUCUUGGGUUUGUUGGCUUGGCACUGAUUAGUGCGCAGAAGAUUUUUCUGUUUCUGGGAGAUCUGGCUAGGUACAAGGAACAGGCAAACGAGACUACUAAUUAUGGGAAAUCUAGACAGUGGUAUCUCAAAGCUCAGCAGAUUAAUCCUAAAAAUGGUCGGCCGUAUAAUCAAUUAGCGCUUUUGGCUUAUUAUGCUAGACGUAAAUUAGACGCUGUUUAUUUCUACAUGCGUUCAUUGAUGGCAUCAAACCCGUUUCAUUCAGCACGUGAGAGUUUAAUAGCGCUGUUCGAUGAAAAUAGAAAGAAGUACCUACAUUACUACGAGUCAACGGAGCGGAAACGCAAGGAAGAACGUGAGUGGAAGGAACGUGCCAGGAUGAAGGAAAAAGAGGGUGCUAAUAAUAUCGCCGGUGGAUUAAGACGUGAAACUUGGGUGCAUCCCGGCGGAAGGAGGAUGAGACGUACAACAUCUGCGGCCACUGCUUGUGAAAAUAAAUUACCUCAUAGUGAUAUAGAAGAUUUGGCCCAGCUCAGUAGUGUUGAGGUAAACAAAAGAUUUGUGACGUCGUACCUUCACGUUCACGGGAAAUUAAUAACAAAAAUAGGAAUGGAGACUUUUCAAGAAGCUGGUGUCCAAAUGUUGCGCGAAUUUCGAGCUCUGUUGCAGCAUUCGCCUCUUCCACUUCCUGGAACUCGGCUACUUCAACUUCUUGCUCUCAACAUGUUUGCCAUCGAGACGACACAGCUUAAGGAUUCCCAAAUGGCACAGGGGUAUCGCUCGGAAGUACAGGAACGCGCCCUAGUGGUGUCGCUGCAGAUGUUCAACUUGAUUCUCGAGAGAAGUGUCGCGCUUCUAAGAGAAGAGCUGGAUAAAGCGGCAAAGGAACGCCCGAGGCUGAUUGUUGACGAAGACAUGCAGGUCCUCUUGCCGACUAUCAAGAUCUGGUGCGACUGGAUGCUUUGCCACAGUACCGUCUGGAACCCACCGCCCUCUUGUACAGAUUAUCGAGUCGGUCCGGUAGGAGACGCUUGGAGCCGACUGGCGACGAUGGUUAAUCUCCUAGAAAAGCUGGCCUAUCCGCGAAAAAUAGUUAUUCACGCACGUGAAGCCAUUGGACGGGAGAACGAGCUUAAUUUGGUAAAACUACCUGAGGACGCAACGUUGUCUGGUUUCACGCCUCUGAUGUCGAAUCCCCAGGAUUCGUUUUACGCCGAAAAGACUGAGGACAUGGAGGUGGCCCAGGUGUGCUUACGCAUACAAAAAAUAUUGUUUUUCGGACAAGUUUUCCUUUGCGGUCUUGAGACACCGGUGCUGAAGCUACAAAAAAACGAAUUCGGCGUAAGCGAAUACGUUUCUUUGGUCGAGACGUCCAGUACAAGUUCUCCGAAUUCCCCUCCCGAGCAGAGUGAUUCGGAAUUGCUGGUGGACAGCUACAGCGAAGGAGAGGAAGAGCCGACAUCUCUAUUGAAGCGAUUAUCCAACGAUUCGCUUGCGGAAUCCGAGAUACGACUGCUGAUUGAGCGGAAAGAAGAAUUGGAAAGACGUCAGCGAAAGCAAGAGCGUCAUCGUCAACGUGUUCAGGAGAUCCUGCAAAAAUCAUCAGUCUCAGUAGAAAUCGAAGUCAGGCCUCGACAAUUGGUGCCUGAUACUAAUUGCUUCAUUGACUACUUACCACAAUUGCAGCGCAUCGCGAAGACUACUUCUGGGACCCAGCCGUUGUUCACAUUGAUGAUUCCUCUUGUUGUUUUGAGCGAGCUAGAAGGAUUGGCACGCGGAGCCGAUUCUAGGGACUGUACUCCGAGUUCCAGAGCUUCGCUGGAUCCGGAACAUGUUGCCAGGGUGGCGGAUUCCGCAAAAGCAGCUCUGGCCUUCGCCAGGAGCAAGAAUCCGGCUAUCAGGUGUCUUACCACCAGAGGGACUGUUCUUACUUCGAGUAUCUUCACUGCUGAAGAUGAUGUAAGGCUUAAUGAGCUUGCUAGCAAUGAUGACAAGAUUCUUGCCACUUGUCUCAGCCUUUGCCGCUCUAAGGAUCAAGUUUCUGUCGAUGAAGGACAACCUAGACGUCUACGCAGAGAAGUAGUUCUACUUACCGAAGACAGGAACCUGAGGGUGAAGGCGCUAGCUCGAGAUGUUCCAGUUCGGGAAGUCCCUGACUUCAUGCUCUGGGCCGGACUUGGUUAACUAACCUAUAAAUAAAUAAAUAAUUAAUUAAUUAUAAUAAAUAUUAGCCGUUAUUGAUAGACAUAUUUAUAUAUUUGUUUAUGCUGUACGCUAAAUCUAUUUUUCUCUGUACUUAGCAUUCUUGAAGACUUAAUUAUCGUCGGUAAUUUUUUUUCCUUAUUAACUCACUACGUAAUCAAUUUGUAAUAUACUUUUAAAUUUUGUAAUUUUUUUUUCCAAGCUCUCUGACUUCUCUCGGAGAUUUGAGAUGACAUAACCUAUAAAUUUUUUGACAAUUGUAUUAGAAGUAAUGCAAAUAUAGCAAGUAUAUAUUAACACAAA